UGCUUCCUGAAUGUCUCAGAUGGUAGUUAUGUCACCAGCUUCUGCAUUUGCAACAGAAUCCCUUAUUUUGUGUCUCCAUGACUUGUGAGGUGGUUGUGUUGUAUUUUGCCAAGAGUUCCGAACUUACAGGUGUCCGUUCAGAAACCAUUCACGUUCCAUCAGAAAUUACAUCUCUGCUUCUGUGGGAAGAAAUUGUACACUUUCACCCAAGACUUUGUACCAUAAAGGACCAAGUGGUAUUUGCAGUCCGGCAGGAGUAUGUGGCUAUUGGCGAUGAACAUUUAACUUUACACCCUGGUGACGAGAUUGCUGUUAUUCCACCGAUCAGUGGUGGUUAAAACAUAAAAUCCUGAG